CAGGAUGAGAUGAUAUGCGGACAAGUUAGAUCGAAGACCAUUGACAUUACCUACCAUUAUCUAUUGGAAACAAUUGUCUUACUAAUAUAAUAUCCCAGAGAAAAUAAGAUACUACUAGCAAUGAUGCCUUUCAAUGGAUGCAGCACCAUGGCUGGAAUUAACGAGGACUGUCUUUCCCGGAAUAAGCUUUGAUAUCUUCUUGAAUAUAUCAGUAGUACGACAGCACAACAGUACACCAGACGGUGGCCUUUACUGUUUCCAGAAGAAGAAGAAGAAGUAGUAUCUACUACCUGAAGAGUGACAUGUGACCCAGCUUGAUUGUGAGUCCAAGUGAACACUGAUUUACGGUUUGAUGCACUUGUACCUAAGGAGCUUAGACUGGCUUCGUCUGUGGCUCCAGGCAACGCUGUCAUCGCUGCAGCUGAAUUUCUGGAGAGGGAGUGAAGUGUCAAAAGGAGAUAUGUGCAGCAGAGCUCACUGACAUUAAUUGAAUGAUCGAUGUAUUAUGAUUACCAACUAGCAUGCUUGAGAUAAAGGCACAAUAACUACACAGCCACUGUCACAACCACUGUUAGAUGUACCUUCAAUGAACACAUUCAUGUAUUGGCGAUAGGAGCAGUUUACACUAGCAAUACCACCAAGAAAGCUUCAACAAUCAGACAAAACAACACUUAAUAUGUUUCUGGAGCACUUAAUUCAAGUCUUUUACAACUGGGAAAGCAAAAUUAUGUGAUAUAUAUUUUUUUGUGACAAAAAAAUUAAACUUUGUCCAAGCAACUGAUAUAACUUUGUAAAAGUAGUAAAAGUAUUCCCAAACCACCGAAAUAACCAAUUCUUAUAAACGAACAAAAAAUAAUUUGUCACUAUACUUGAAAUUAUAAAGCAAUAUAAAACCCAAAAUUGAUCUAAUUUGAAAAAAAUGUAAAUGAUGUCUUAUGAACAUCUGUGGCAGAUAACAUUGUUCAGGAUUUCAUUUCGUUACCACCUUUUUGUGCCACCACAACUGCAACAGACUCUGCAACAAAGACAUUAGAAACUAGCUGUACAAUAUUCAAAGCAGGGAAAUCACUGCAACAUGAACUACUAUUUUUUAAACACACAAAUUAAUUGCAGCAAGUAAAUACAACAUUCUCAAAAUCUACAACCACAUCAAAGAAAACGCUUCUUGUUAGCUAAGAAACUAAUCAUCUACAAGCUUUUUUCAAGUUCAACUUUUUAAAGUUGUUGUUUUACUGUCUAUACCUUGUGCUGGGGGAAAUGUUGCUUUGCGGGAAUUAGAUGCAACUUCUUCAGCAUCAAAAGUCACAUCCUCAUUGCUUGAAAGAAUACUAUCACUGCCAGAAAGUCUAUUUUCUACAAGCCUUUUCUUGAAACCUGCCAUCGUGUUGCUGCUAUAUUUUGCCGUGAAUCACAGCUUGUUGCCAUGGUGGUGAAAACAGCAGGGUUAGAACCACAACCAUAUCCAGCAAUGUCUCAGGGAACAGGACCAAGUGUGUCCACAUCAUACCCACAUGAAGUUAUUGAGAGUGAACAGGGCUUUUGGCAGCAUUCCUAUGCACCUUAUGCAGUGGGCUUUGGCUGUGCAGUAUUUGUUAUAUUACUAGCCAUUAUAUGCUACUGUUGCUGCAAAGCAUGGCGCGCCAAGCAUUUACGGGACGAGGAGAAACGAAUAUGUAUGUAUCCACCCAUCAAACCAGAAACUCAAGAGGGUCAAUUAAUCCAACCAGAGUCCGGCUAUACGUACGCAUCGCUUGCUCGGAGUGAACCUAUUAAGAUAAAGACCAAAGGACUACAAGAAAGGAGAAGCUCUUCUCAGUCUCUCACACUUGACAUCAAUGCUCCAACAGAAACAGUCAGAUGGGUAGCCUCACCUCCAAGAGAAAGCUCUGUACAAGAAUACUUAGAGUCAGCAGGCAACAGAAUGACGAGAAAACAACUCAGAAAUUCAAUUAAAAAUUUCCGUGCCCUCCACGAAGAAUUCUGGGACAUUCCAAUGAACCAUCCAGAGAGUGUUGAGGUCCCAGGUUCAGCGGCUAAAAACAGGUAUAGCACGAUACUACCAAACCCACAGACUAGAGUCUCACUUCCACCGAUCAGCGGCGAUCCACUAUCUGAUUACAUCAAUGCAAAUAUCAUCAGGGGGUAUGAUCGAGAGCCCAAUUCUUUCGUCGCCACUCAAGGCCCAAUGGCUCACACCCUAGCAGACUUCUGGAGGAUGAUCUGGUUUACCAACGCGCCGGUUAUCGUCAUGGUAACCAAAAUCAAAGAGAGGAAAAGAAGUAAAUGUGAGAUGUAUUGGCCUCAAGGGCAAGGUUUCUAUGGUGAUAUUGAUGUGACAGUGGAAGAGACAGUUCCCAAAGAUGAUUAUAUACUUAAAAUAUUUACAUUGAAGUACUUAAAUGAAUGUCGUCAGGUUUUGCAUUACUGGUACACUGCAUGGCCGGACAAUAAACCUCCCGAGAACCCAGUCACUCUGCUGGAGAUGAUACGUGAAGUGGAAUUCAGCAGGAUAGACCCUACGCUUCCAAGAGGACCAGUCAUAGUCCAUUGCAGUGCUGGACUAGGUCGGACAGGGUGUUACAUUGCAAUCACUAUUGGUAUGAGACAGAUGGAUGAGGAGAGCAUGGUUGAUAUACUAGGCAUUGUAUGCCAGAUCAGACAAGAUAGAGGAGGAAUGAUCCAAACAAACGAGCAGUAUGAAUUCAUUCAUCAAGCUCUUUGCCUCUAUGAAAAAUGUCUGCCACGAAGAGAAUCUAUCACAGGGACAGAGUGAAGGCGCCCUUCACCCGGCAAGCGAGGUCUUCGUAUUCAAUCCAUUCAACAUAGAACCAACAGCAUUAUAAUGCUCUACUAUUAUUUUACUUAAGCAUUCAUCAUUGCUAUGAGCCAUAUUCAUUAUAUUUUGGAGAGUAAACAAAAUCAUGAUGAAAUUAGGCCUUAUUGGCCAUUUUUAGCACCAUUUUUUCAAGAUAGAUUUUAAAUCUUUCCAGGGCUGUGGUACAUUGAAGAUAUAAUUAAUUUUACAAUGGAUUGAGAUUGUAGGUCUAUGACAGACUCUUUACUAGAAAUCAUAAUCAAUUGUAAUAGUAUAUUGUUUCUCUUUUGACCACUAUGCCCAGAAAUAGACUACACUGUUGUCAUGGAAACAUGCCAAUGAAGGCAAUUUAUGAGUACCUGAGAGUGAAAAGUCAUUUUUACUUACUACCAGAUUUUGGAGGAGAAUUUUCUAUAAAACAAAAUUCAGGAGAGACAUUUUUAAAGGCUAUGUUGAUCAGUAUUUCAUCAUCAUUUUGCAAAUCUUUUUAUCGUAUCUCUUGAAAGCUAAAUUAAAUUGUGUCAGGAAAAUAUCUUUUUAAACCUCAAGGGAAUCUCAACAUAUAUUGAGAUCUAUGAAAAGAAAUAUAAUUCUUUUUUUUAAAGAAAUUGUAAAUUAAUAGUUUGUGGCACAUCACAGUUCCGAGUAUAAUGUUAAUUUAUCUUUUCAUUGAAAUUUCCAGCCUUGAUACAAAUUAUAACAUGAGGCGUUAGAAGAGUUUUCAUUUGAAUUUUUGUUUCACUGUUAAUCUGUAUUAUUAUUUUAACUUAUAUAGUUUGUAACAGAUAUCUAUUUUUUGAAUCAUAUAUGAAAAUAAUAUCAAUCUUAAUAUAUUGAAGUACAUACAUUAUAAGAAUAUCAUUCCUAGCAAUUAUUUAUAGCAGUAUUUGAUUUUGUUUAUGCUUGUCGGAAUUUUACUCAUUUAUUAAAAGUAGCUAGUAUACCUUGCUUAUAUAAAUAUGAUUUUGUAAACUUGAUGUAUAAUUAUGUUUUAUCUAUCGAUUGGAAAUGAUGUUAAGUUGACAAAUUAAGUUAUGAAAUAUUUUAUUUUCUAAAUCAGUUAUUAGGUCAUGUAAAGCUUGAGUAUAGCUUUGUAAAGAUGGCUCUUAUGUUAUUUUUUUUUUAAAUUGGUAUAACUCAUCUAUUCUUGCUGCACUUGUUUUGCCAUUUAGAGCGAUUUCACCUUUCUUUACAAUGGGUUACUAAGUUAAUCGGUACAGUACUCUUCAUUUCUUGGCUUUUUUAAAUCUAAUACUAACUAAUUAUUUUUAAAAAGAUCAGUUCUCACUCAAAUUGGCAACAACCAUCAUUAUUAUUUCCUCUCAUACACUUGGUAAACUAUGGGCAAGAUCAGCCAUCAUUCCUUAAAUUGGCAAUAUCUACUGUUUCCUAUCUCAUACACAUGGUGAGUUUUUAGUUAGAUGAAUGCAUGUAAUAAUGCAUAAUGACUCAAACUUAAGAUUUGUCCUCACAUCAUUUAUGAUUAUAUUGUCAAAUUUACAUGAUAUAAUGAGAGAAAUGGAUUAAAUCAUUUUAAUUCAGUAAGCAAAUACUCACUGUUGGUGAAGGUGGUGGGCAAACUAUCUUUUUUUAGGCAGCUGAAUCGCUGAGAAAAAAAAUCGCAAUUACACCAAGGAAGUGAUAGUUUGCCUCGUCACCUAAAAUUGAGAUGACAUUAUAUGCUAGUUUUGCAGUUGGUUGAUUUAUUUGUGUCUUACUAUAAGCUAUGUGGUGACAUUUCCAAAGCCUUGACUGCCUUGCCUUGGCAUGACAGAGAUGACCCAUUAUGGAGAACCUGUUACCACAUAAUUGCCAAGUGUUUUAAUCUUAAAGUGAAAGAUGCAAAAUAAUUUCCAUGAACUGAAAAGAGAAAGAUAACAGUAUGAAAUUAAUGUUAAUGAGAUAUUAAUCAGGCCUACCUUAAAAUUUGCCAUGAAUAUUGAAUAAUUUAGAUGAAACCUGACAAUACAAAGACUAAUAUUCUUAUUUAGUCUGGAAUGAAACCCAGGUAACUAUAUGAUGUUGAAAAUUCUUUCUAAGAAGUUUAGUCAUUGAGUGCAAUAUGUUAUCAACUAGACAUUGUUCAGAAGCAGAAGGGCAUUAAUCGACUUGUAAAUGAUAUUUUAUUAAAUGAUGGUUUGAUUCAUGAUUGUAAAUUUGUAGUGACAGUGACUAUUACUAAUAUUUCUCCAAACUAGACUAAUAUCGAUAAUGUACUACUUGCAUUCUUUGAAAGGAUCCAAUUUAUAUUUUAUGGGUGUCAAUACAACAAUCAUAAAUGGUUGGCAAGUCUAAAUCUGCAAUUAAUAUUAAGAUUAUAAUGUUUUACCUGGUUAUCAGUAUUCAUUAAUUUGGUUUAAAAAGUUUUUUUUUUUUAAAUUCAAAAUUAUAUAUUCAGUGUUUGAAUAAUACUAUCAUUAUAAUAUAUUAUGUGACAUAUAGGUGAUAUUCCCUUCAAUUGAAUCCAAGUUAGAGAAUGAAUCCUAGAAUUUAUGGUUUUAUACAUAAUUUGCUGCUUUGCUAUGACUUAAAUUGACCAGCAUUAGUAUUAUUUUCUAAGCUUAACCAUGGUUUCAAUUAAUGGGCAUGGUUGAAAUUCUGGGGCCGGUCUUACAAAGAGUUGCGAUUGAUCCGAUCAAUCGCAACUAUGGACGGCCAGCAACAUCACUAUCUAUUAUGCAUGUUUGUUCAAAAUAUUUUAUAGCUAUGAUGUAUAUUCAUGCAUUCAUUGUUUUCUUGAAAAUUCACUGUGCUUCUCUUGUUUACAAAGGACAUUGUUCAAAUUUCCUGUAGAAAAAAUUAUGACACUGAUGGAUUUCCAUAUAGUAACGAUUGAUUGGAUCAAUUGUAACUCUUUGUAAGACAGGGCCCUGGUUUGACCACUGAAGUCAUGAUGGCUCACUCCAUACUUUGAAAAUGUACUCCUUGCUUAAAUCCUGAUUUGAAAGAAAGUAAUGUUUCAAACCAUGGUUUAAUAACAGUUAUUUAAACCAGGGUUUGAGCCAGGGUGUUACACUAUAGAUUAAGAUAUUCCAUGGUGUUGACUAAACUGUGGUUAAAAAUUAGUCCACUUUGAUAAAAAAUGCUGGUUUUCAGUGCAAACGGAUGGUGACUUUGUACAUUGUAUGAGAAAUUUACCUAGAGAACACAAAAAGCAGCUGUAACAUUAUAUAUAUUAACUUCAUUUAUAUGUACUAAUGUGUAGUUUUAUGUAUUUGUGACUAGAAAAAGAAUAUAGACUAUAUAGACUUAUUUAUCUGUGAAUGUACAUAAAUGUAUGUAAACUUUUUAAAGUACAAAUAUCUUUAGUACAGGACUCCAUAGCAGCACAAAAUAUUUGAAUGUGCUGUAUGCAAUAUACUGACAGACCAAUGUAAUAUAUGUUAUCUAUAUAUUUAUAAGAAUUAGUGAGAUGCGCCAUGGACUGAUGAAAGGGGGUCGUGCAUUAUUGAUUGCAAUCAUGUUCAAGAAAUUUUGUAAAUAAGAUGAAUUUAUAUAAGAAAAUGAUUGAAUUUUGUGUAUACUCCGUGCUAUAUGUAUUAUUGUAAAUUAAAGUAGGAAGUGGUAGGAAUUUGCAACUCAGAAAGGCAAACGUGGCACUUGGAAAAGCAAAGAAUUUAGAGAGUUGGUUGAAAUGUUUUUUUCUUGGUUUAUUUUGUAGUUGAUCAUACUUCUGUUUCACAAGUAUAUUUAAUAGUAUAAAUUUUUCAUCAAUAUAAAGAAAGUUUUUACCUAGAAAGAGAAUGUCAGUAUCAAGAGAAAGAAAGUAUUCAUCAGUAAAUAGAAAAAAGUUUUCAUCAAUAGAACAAAAAAAAGUUAUCUUUAAUAGAAAGUUUUCAUCAAUU